CGAACCCUUUUCUUAUUUCCAUGACUUGUGGGAUUCAUAUAUAAAUACUCCCACCCUCUCUCUUUCUCUUUCUCCAUUCAAAGAGAUAGUUGAAGGAAAGUUGGAUAUAUAGUGAGAGGAAAGAGAUUCUUUGGAAAUCAUGGAAGAGAGGAAAUCCAAAUUCAAGAGGAUUUGUGUCUUCUGUGGAAGCAGCCCAGGCAAGAAAAUCAGCUACCAAGAAGCUGCUAUUCAGUUGGGAAAUGAAUUGGUGGAAAGGAGGAUUGAUUUGGUGUAUGGAGGUGGCAGCGUGGGGUUGAUGGGGCUCGUUUCUCUGGCCGUUCAUGAUGGAGGGCGCCAUGUUUUAGGGGUUAUUCCCAAGACUUUGAUGCAAAGGGAGAUAACUGGCGAGACUGUUGGUGAAGUGAGAGCUGUGUCUGACAUGCACCAACGAAAGGCUGAGAUGGCUCGCCAAGCUGAUGCUUUUAUUGCUCUGCCCGGUGGAUAUGGGACCCUCGAAGAACUACUGGAAGUCAUUACAUGGGCACAGCUCGGAAUCCAUCAAAAACCGGUGGGUCUCCUGAACGUGGAUGGAUAUUAUAAUUCCUUGUUAUCGUUUAUCGAUCAAGCUGUUGACGAAGGUUUCAUCGCGCCAGCUGCCCGUCGAAUCAUCAUAUCUGCUCCAACAGCCAAGGAAUUAGUCAGGCAACUUGAGGAGUAUGUGCCAGAACAGGAUGAAGUCACAGCCAAGUUGAUCUGGGAGGCUGAACAACUAAGCUAUGUGCCUGAAACAGGUGUUGCCACGUGAUUGGCUUGGGAGAUGGACCCCACAUUUUGGCCUAACAUAUAAAUAUUUAUAUAAAAUACAUAUACUGUGAUCCAACCGUUGAAUAGCACAUACACGAAAACUAGAAAAUGUUAUACGUAGUCACGCCCAGCAGCAGCUUUGUUUUGGGGAUUUUGUUGGUUUUGUCUUUUGAUGAAUCAAGUGCAAAAUUAUUGACUGAUUAGACGGUCCA